GUCCCUUGACUGCAGUUGAAUAUAACGCUUGUCUCUAAAUCAACAAAAUUGCAUUUUCUUUAACCUUCGACACUCUUUGUAUUAUUUAAAAAAACUUUGAUCCUAUCGCUAUUAUCUUAUGAAAUUGUUUUGUCGUUCGUUGCAGGAAAAAAAAUGAACAACACGAGUUUUAUUCCGCAAAACUGCGAGUGGCCCAUUGAAGUAUGGCACACGAGCCUCGCACCGCAUACUACUCGAGUGAUCUACAUGGCUCAAACAAUUGUUCACGCCGUUACAUGCCCUUUCACAAUCACACUUAACCUACUGGUCAUCAUAGCUAUUGUGAAGUUUCCAUUUCUACGCAGCUCGCACAACAUUAUCAUAGCGUGUCUGGCAAGCGUGGAUUUUUUGACUGGGGCAAUAGUUCAGACUUCUCUUGUCGUUAACAACUUAAAAUCCUUGUUUUCCUUGCAACGCUCACCUUGUGCCUCAUUUACUUCCAACUUGAUAUUUAAGAUAUUAAUUCUUUGUUCCUUACUUCACGUCACGUUACUAAACAUUGAUCGCCACAUCGCGAUUAAGAAGACCUUUGACUAUCCCUUCAUUGUCACCGAUCGACGGAUCGCCUACGCUGUCGCCCUUGCUUGGGUCCUUUCGGCGUUUCUUUCCGUUGACAUCCUGGUGCCAGCCAUGAAGAUACCGACGGCCAUGUUUUGGGGUGCAUGCCUUCUAGCAUGUGCUUACUGCUGUGUUACGGUGCUGUUGGAAAGCCGUCGUCACAAGAGACAGAUAAUCGCGCAGAACAAGUCCAUAGGGGUUUCCUCAUACAAGCAAAGUAGCAGCAGCACUAUAUCUUUAAUAAUUACCGCACUGUGUCUAUUCAGUUACAUUCUUGCACUGGUAGUUACGAAGUCAUCUAUACUGCGGCCUGUUAGCAAUACUUUCGUCGUCCUGAAUUCCCUGUGCAAUGCAAUCAUUUAUAUUGCCAGGAAUGGUGUUUUCAGAAGGGCGUUCAAGAAAAUUAUUGGAAUACACGGUGGACCAAUACAUGACAUAGACUUCACCUCAGACAGAAAAAGGCAAGGAAGACAAGACCCGGACAGGCUAGACCGACAAUGGAGCAGUGUGCUUAUGGAACUGGCUAUCAUUAGGCCAUGUUACCAAGAAUCUGAACCAGACCAAAACAUCGCGGAAGAAGGCUGCAAAUACCCAAUGCCACCAGGAAGGACAGGCGUAAAUGGAUCGCAACACUCAGAAAUCAAGACACCUAAAGCAGGUUCGCCUCUCGAGUAUACCACUGUCUGACCGAGAAUUCAAGAAACUACAAGCUCGCCGAUGGACCUGGCCUUCAUAUGAACGAGUGAAGUGCCUUCAAGGCUUCGAGUGACUGGGCCAGGCAAGUAUUACACACAUCGAAAAUCAACAAAUUGACAAAAACGAAACAAUAAAAUCCAAAUGGCAUGACAAUUGUGAUACAGGCAGCCAAACAACCACCAAGGGAAUAAGACAAGAAUCGAUAAUGUCACAUAACAGGACAGCAGCAAAGGAACAAGACGAUUGAAAGAGCUUCGAUAUGAAGGGGUCAAGUACAGAAUCAGAAGCAGAACUAUAAUAAUGCAGGUCAUCGAAGAACAAAUGUGUAAAGGGUCAAUGCAAAGAUAACAGAAUACCACUAAGGUAGAGACAAGUAAAGUGAACAAGGCUAUCAACUAUGCGUAAACUGUGUCAUAGAAAGCGGGAAUUAUAUCAAGGAAAAUAAGACAGAAAUGGAGCUACAACCGUGGAGCUAAGCACAGAGACAGCAUUUCAUUGAGAAAAAAGAGAUGUAAAAAAAAAGAAACACUCCUCAGAAAAAAAAAACGAAAAUAGGGCACGGAAAAAAUAGACAUGGAACAAGACCAUUAUUGGAAGGGGAUGAAUAAGGCGUUAAAAAAAAAAAAAAAACGAAAAAAGACAUCCUUGGAACUAGACCCUUGAAUCGAGGUGCCAGGGACCAUGCAGUAAAAGAAAGGUCUUUGGCGAGCACCCCGUUUUUUAUGCGAGACCGAGUAUUUAGUAGUUGUUGAAUAAAUCGAGCAGCGAGCACAUCCAAAAAUACAAUGCGAGCACGGCGGAAAAAUUUGCGCGAGCAUGCGAGCAUUAGCCGAAAACUGCGAGCACAUCGAAA